AUGUCGUCUCGUCGCUCGUCUCGCAACCUAGCCGCAAGCGCUCAGCUCGUUCCGCCUGCGCGGGCCGACUCGUCGAGCUCCGCCGGCACGCACGGCCGCCGCAGCAGAUCCUGCGACUCGGACGCGUCCGCCAGCACCGCCCUCACGCCCGUUCCCGAGAGCGAGCUCAAGCAGGCGACGCCGCACGUGGGCGACGAGCAGACUGCCCCGUCGCAGGACAUCGUCGACGCCGACAAGGUCGAGAGCGACGCGUCGUCGUCGCCACGCCGCAGCGCCCGCCACUCGGGCGGUACCAGGCCCAACUACGCGCUCGUGCACGACGGCGACUUUGACGGUACCCGGUCGAGAAAGCGGCAGAGCAGCGCCGUCUCGGACCGCGCCAUCUCGCCCGUCGCGACGAGGUCGAAGCGCCGCCGUGCGUCCGAGCGCUCGUCUGAGGUCGAGGUCGACGAUGCCGCCUCAGCCACGCCCGAGAUCGAGUCGUCGAGGCGCUCGCCGACCGGCGACGAGCGCGAGGGCGCGUCGCUCAAACCUGUCGAGCAAGCCACGACCACGGCCGACUUGUCGCCGCUCACGUCGCCGCCCGACACGUCCUUCGACUCCAACACGCGCCUUCCUGCGCCCAUCUCGAGCAACAUGCUGUCGGGCCCGACGUCGGCAGACGAGGUCCGCUCGACGGCCGUGACGGCGUCGAUGUCGGUCGGCAAGAUUGAGGACGAGCUCGUGGUCCGCUCCGACGACUCGAUGCGCUCUCACUCGGGCCUCAAGCACGGCGACAUCGCGACCGACCAGGCCGUCGCUCGCAGCAGCAGGCGGCUCGCCGGCGUUGCUCACGCCGCCCCGAGGAGAAAGCGCCAGACGCCGCUCUCGUCGCCGCCGCCCAAAGCUUGGUUCGAGGUCAUUGUCCAAGGCGAUGCCUAUGCCGCCGUCACCGCCGUCGCGCCCGUCGAUCCUGGCGACGGCUCACCCUUCUUGCCCCUCGUUCCGCUCGCCAUUGUCCGCCACGACGACUCGUCGGUCCGCCACACCUUCACGACCUACCGCUUCCCGCUCUUCGUCUCGAGCGACGAGCCGGCCAGCAUCCAGGACGUCAUCGUCCGGCUCAAGGGCAGCAGGAAGAAGGUGCGGGGUCCGAGCGCCGAGGAGAUCGAGGGUGAGAGGGUGUCUGGGCGCGCCGAGGGCAGCGAUGCAGGGCACUGGGUCGCAGUGUUGAGGAGCGGCGAGUACAGGUGGAUAGCGCCGUGAACGCCCUCGUCGGUCAGUCGAGUCGCCCGUUGCCCUUUCUUCUCUCUUCCGGCCUCUCUCCGCCGGCCGCUUUCCCUCUCUUCGUGCCGCGUGUUUGCAAUUCCUUGCAGUUCUGUC